GCCUGCAGCCACCUUACCAUCCAGAGGAGCAAGUGGUCGAUCGGGCACAGAUGCUCUCACUCUCGCCGCGGCGCCUAUAAAACGCCAGAUUUCCCCAGGCAGAUCGAUCAGAUACACCAACACAGAGCAAAAGGGAACUAGCUCAUCAGCAUGGAUGCGACUGUGAAGUGUGGCAAUGCCGGCUACGGCUACGGCUAUGGCGCCUACGGCUACGGCUACGGCAACAGCAAGCCCCAGAUGAACUACCACCGCCAAAGCACCGAGUCCGUGACCACCCUCGUCACGGAGAUCAACCGCAUGAGCGUCAACGACAAGCCCGGCUGCGGUGGCGCCGGCGCCGGCGGCGUGCAGAAGCAGGCGGCCUACAAGGAGGAGGAGGUGUUCGUGGAGCAGGACCAAGGGUCGUACGGCGGCUACCAUGGUGGCGGCGCCGUGCAGGCGUAUACGACGUGCGAGGGUGCCGCAGCCGGCGUGAAGAACCACGGCUACAAGCAGGAGAAGUACGGCGAGGCCGACGGUGGGUACGGUUCCCACUACGGCGUAAAGAAGCAAGGCUACGAGCAGGAGGCCUGCGGGCAAACCAACGCGGGCCAUGGUGGUGCUCACUACGGCGGUGCUGCCGGCGCCGUGCAGACGUACGCCUACGACCAGCAGGCGGCGUACGGCGUGCAGCAGCACGGCUACCAGAAGGACGCGUACGGCGGAGCCGUGAAGAAAGACAGCUACCAGCAGCACGAGUCGUACGGCGACUGCGGCGCAGGGUAUGGCGGCUCUCACUACGGUGGUGGCGCCGGAGUGCAGACGAACGCCGCCUACAAGCAGCAUGAGAAGUACGGCGAAGCCGACGGAGGGUACGGCGCCUACUACGGCGGCGGCGCCGGCGUGAAGAAGCAGCAAGGAUACAAGCAGGAGUCCUACGGAGAAAACGGCGCUGGCUACGGUGCUCAUCACUACGGCGGCGGCGGCGUGGAGCAGCACGGCUACAACCAGAAGCACAAGGAUGCCUACGGCGGCGGAGCCGUGAAGAAAAGCAACUACCAGCACGAGUCGUACGGCGACUGCGACGCCGGGUACGGCUCUCACUACGGCGGCGGCGCCGUCCAGAAGUACGGGUACAAGCAGGACGUGUACGGCGGCAAUGCCGCCGGAGGUCUCCAGCACGGCGGCGCGUACGGCUACGGGGCGCACGGGAAGGCGGGCAGGACGGACUUCGCCGGCGGCUACAACUACAACCUCAAGGCGUACGACAGCGGGAGUGAGAGCGAGAGCGACUGCGAGGAGCACGGCUACGGGGCGUACAAGCACGAGACGCACGGGGCCAGCAAGCAGGGUGGCCUGCACGGCUACGGGGCGUACAAGUACGACAAGCACGGAGCCGGCAACCUCGGCGGCGGCGGCGUGCGCCGCUACGAGUCCUACGAGAAACACGAGGAGCUCGCCGGCGGCCGCCGCUACCAGUCGUACCAGAGCACCACCCAGGAGUACACCGGCGGCGGCGGCUACGGCUACGACACGUGCCCCCCGCUCAACAACAGCCACCUCCUCGGCUACGGCGCGUAGGCAUACGCUCCAACCCCGUUCGCCUACGUGCACGCACGUACGUAUACUCGUAUGCCAUGUCAUACAGACAGGCGUAUCCCGGUAACCUGGUGGAUGCUGGCCGGUGAUGCAGUGCAGCUAAAUAAUCUAAGUAUCUGAAAAUAAGAUGUAUUUUCUGCCAUCUUUCGAUGAUAAUGUCUGCUCAUGAAACUCAUGAUCAUGUUGUGUAUGGUAUGAGUGAUAUUCCAAAAUGCUUCUGAAAAUAAUCUA